CAUGAUUAUGUAGAAGUCCUCCGAUAACAUGUACUAGCAUGUGCUGAUCACCCCGCCUGAAGCUACCCCGCCAACCGUCAACACCUCGAUCCGACCCGAAGCUCUGCAACCCAGCUCCGACAAUGCCACGACGACCAUGACGGACGAUGCCCAGCAGGCCGAGAGCUACUACUUCACCCACGAGCCGCCGCCGAAAGACCUUGGCACCAACACGACACUCGCGCGCGAGUUCAUCCACCGCCAUGCCGACGAGGGCCGACGCGUGGUGCUCGUCACCUCAGGCGGCACCACAGUCCCGCUAGAAACGCAGACAGUGCGCUACAUCGACAACUUCUCGGCCGGCACGCGCGGCGCCACGAGCGCAGAGUACUUUCUGCAGAAUGGCUACGCGGUCAUCUUCCUGCACCGCCAGUUCUCGCUGCUGCCGUACUCGCGACACUACUCGCACAACACACGCUCGUUCCUGGACUACAUGAAAGAAGAGGAUGGGCGCGUGGUGGUCGACGAGCAGCACCAGGAGGAGAUGCUGCGCGUGCUGCGGCAGUAUGCUGAGGUGAAGCGCGAGAACAAGCUGCUCAUCCUGUCCUACGUCACUAUCACCGAGUACCUGUGGAAUCUGCGCGAGGUGGCCAAGCUCAUGCGUCCGCUGGGCCCGAAGGCGAUUUUCUACCUCGCUGCCGCGGUGUCUGAUUUCUUCGUCCCGCAGGACCGCAUGGUCGAGCACAAGAUUCAGUCCAACGAGGAGUUCCUGCAGGGCGCCGCGGACGCGGGGAAUAGCAAUGCGAAGACGCCCGCGGCGCGCACAGAAGGCAGGAGUCUGGUCAUCGACCUAGAGCCCGUGCCCAAGUUCCUGCAGUCCCUCGUCGACGGCUGGGCGCCCGAGGCUAUGAUUGUGAGCUUCAAGCUGGAAACGGAUCCGUCGAUGCUGGUCAAGAAAGCGCAGUAUUCGCUCAACAAGUACUCGCACCACCUCGUCAUUGGCAACUUGCUGCUCACGCGCAAGUGGGAGGUUGUGUUUGUGUCUGCGCUCGAUGGCGAGAAGUGGAUUCGUGUGCCGCAUGGUCGCAGGACGAAGAGCUUCACUGGUGUGCCGGCGCUGGUGGGCUCUGCUGAUCUGUCUGCGAGGCAGGAUGGGCUGGAUGCUGGGGAGUCGGAGAAACGCGUCCUGCAGGGUGAGCCGGCGCUGGAGAUUGAAUCUGUUAUUGUUCCUGAGAUUCGCGAGAUGCAUAGUAUACUUAUAGAGAAGGCGCGGAAGAGAGCUGGGGGUCAGUAGCUUGUUGUGUGAUGGACUGGGCUUGUGGGGAGGUGAUGAGAGAUGAAUAGAAGGAUGUGGAAAUGGCAGAUGAAUAGAGAUGUACAUGUAUUUUACUUCUGUUCGUUGGUGAAUGUUGACGUUUGGGGAACAUUACCAUGUCCCGUCGUGCACCUGUUAGGCGAUUCAAUGGAGACGUAGAAGAUGG